UCUCAAUAUAUGCCCAAUGGUGCUUUGCGCGGCCCCAGGCCCGUGUGACCAACCUUACAAAUUGUCAACGACCAUGUGGCAGGGGAAGGAGUGUCCGGGGUGCUCUUAUUGUCCUUCCAAAACAGACAAAACACGUGAAGUUAUUGAGGUCAAGCCGAUGUGCCCCAUGGCGAAGUGUCGUGCCCCAGGUCCCUGUGACCGACCCUACAGCAUGAGUUACAUAGAGAUAGGGGGAAUGAAGUGCCCGAUGUGCCCCUUCUGCGAAAGGAACCAACUUAAACCACAGCGCGAAGUCCUCAACCCGGGCCUGAUUCACUUGGAAAUUUGCCCCAUUCCAAUGUGCGUAGCGCCAGGACCAUGUGACCACCCGUACAGCAUGUCCUAUGUGACAGUUGGCGACAAGAAAUGCCCCAUGUGUGCGUACUGCAAAAAAGACACCAAACGCGAGGUGAUCACUUCUCCACGCACCUGCCCUCUUCUCCCUUGUUUACCCCUAAUUGACUGCGCUCAAACCCAAAGCACGACUUACCAGUUUGAAGGCCGCUCUUGCCCAGGAUGCCCAGUCUGUACCCAGCCCAAACAGUAAAUGCUUCAAUGUGGCAUCAUUGAUUAGCUCAGACUUAAUCAGUGGCUUUUUGGAUUAAAAAAAGGAUGGAGGAUGCAGUCUUCAAUAAA